AGCAGCUUUUAUAUUCGCCCCCCUCCUCUCUCUAUGUAGCAGACUAUCUGGCCGCUUUUGCUCACCCUGAAGAUUUUGAGUCGUGACGUAUUUUCUAACGGGGGCAAGCGAGUUUUCACACCGGUGCUCCAUCUGCUUGCGAGGGCGACUAUUUGGGGAGAUAAACUGCGCCUCGCUCUCGGACUGCGCGGACUGUUUUCUCUCUGUUAACAGCCGCACUUGACAACAAGCGUCCUUUACUGCUCAGUCCACCUCCGUCCACCAGGAGGGAAAUAACAGGAUUUUGACCUGGAAGACUGUGCAGACAAAGUCAUUUAGGAAGUUUUGUAAUCGAUUUUGCUAAAUAAAAAGUGCCGAGGGCGCAGAAACAUGUUGGAUCGUUGUAACCAAAUUAUUCUAUCAUUGCUUUUUGGAUGCCUGGCUUGUCUUGUGGUGACAUCUGUUGUAAAUGCAGGCGUUCGCGUGUUUGUCCUGGAGCUGAGAAACUCCUCUGGCCUGCAGGGCUUCAGAGAGGCUGAGCGGGCUUGUACUUCACUACAUACCCGCUUGGCAUCAGCAGAGGAGCUCCGCUAUGCUGUGCUGGAGUGCUUCUUCUCCCCGUGCACCCGUGGGUGGCUAUAUGAAGGCACCGUGGGGACCACAGUGUGUAAUACUGUGGGCAGUGCACUGAAAGCGGUGGAUGUGAGAACAGAAAAUGCUACAGAGGACACUGCACAACUGGACGCCUUUUGUAUCAGAGACAAAGAAGCUUGUGGAGACCCUCCAUCCUUUCCUAAUGCACAUCUGCAAGGGCACACUGGGUUUGGGAUAGGUGAUGAGCUGCUGUACAUGUGUGUGCCAGGCUACGUGAUGCCCAGCGGGGACAACACCUUCAGACUGCUGUGCGACAGCUGCGGAGAGUGGUACGGACUGGUGCAGGUUUGCAUCAAAGAUGAAGCUGAAGGUCAUGUAGAUUAUGAGGACAAACUGAUAGAUUCCUAUGGAGAGGUGGAGCACCACAGUGAGAGACCCGAGGAUGCUCAUGGCCAAGUUUAUGAGGAGGAACAUGAAGCUGCAUACCCGGAAAGUAACAUGAGUCAGAAGCAGCAAGAAACAAGCUUCAGUGUCGAAGGAGAGGAGAAGCAUGGAGAACAUAAAGUGAGAGAACAGGUGAAUGGCAGAAAAUCUGCAGGAACUGUAGAAAGAGGAGAGAAAGGUGAGCAUGAAGCUGUUGAGGACUUUACAGGUCGUCCAAGGUGGGAGCAAGAGAGGAGAGAAAUGGUCAGGACCAGUGCAGCUGCAGUGACAGAAGCACCUGUCUCUCUACUCUCCCAGAAACACAUGUUCUGGUUCCCCUCUGAGACCUUCCAGGAGGGGGGACAUCCUGUCUCAAGCAAUCCUGUCACAGAGACUACUCAGAGAGUCUCAGGUACCCAGUCAGAAGAGAGCAAGGAACAGGAGAACCAAGAAAGGCACCACCACCAGCAUCCUGUUGAUGUUGACGACCACGACCAUGACAGCUAUGAUGAUCAUGAUACCCGUGACCGACAUGAUCAUGACGACAGCCGCCACGACAAUAUAGAUGACCAUGACAGUCACCAGGAUGAAGAUGACCAUGAUGAUCAUGUGGAACAUUACAUUCCAGCUCAGCAUGAUGAUCUGAAUAGACGAGACUACCACCAGAAACAUGCCAGUGAUCAUGAUGACCAUUAUGACAUGGGUGAACGUGAAGAUGAUGGUGUCCGCCUUAGCAGCCAGGAGUACGACAAUCGAGAUGUUACUUAUGAUAAACACGAAAGCUACGAGGAUCAUAAGGAUGUGACCGAUGAUCGUGGAGACGAUGAUCGAGAACUUCCUCAUGGUUCUGAGGAACAUCCAGAUCAUGACAACCAUGAUGACGGUGAGGAGCAUUUUGACCUGGACGAGGACAAGCAUGACCAUCACACUGAUGAUCACAAUAGUCACUAUGACCAUGACCGCUACGAUGAUCAUGACAGCCACAAAGAUGACAACAAUGGUCAUCAACGCGCAACCUUUUCUGUAGCAACAGAUGAACAUACAAACGUCACCCAAAAGGCAGCAGGGGGAAAGGCCACCACAGAUGAGACGUGGCUGGAUGGAUACCCUGUCAUUCCAGAAGAGGCAGACUCUACAACAGAAAGAGUGGGACCACAGGACAGAGAGAGGGGGAAAGUUGUCAGGACAACAAAUGGGCCCAGUGAGGGAGACAUUCAUAGACCAAUAUUUUACACCAGCCUACCGGAGCAGCCGGAGUCUUUCACCACAGAGCCUGAAUUAGAACAUGUGGGAGAGGAAGAGGUUUGGCCUGGCUUUACUGCCACUGCUACUCCCUCCACUGACCAUCCAGAGCCCUCAGACUUCCCUUCAAACUCUGAUACUCUGGACUAUGACACACAACAAGCAGCUCCCACCCACUCCUGGCUGGGAGACCUCACUGAACACCCCUUCCUCAAUCACGGUCCAGUUCCUACCGUACACGAUAACAACAUCCUCCCAGGAGUAAUGGGCGAGCACACUGUGCACGACCUGACUGGUGAGACUGGUGAGAGGAGCGAAAUGGAAGGUGAGAAAGGGAAGACGAUCUGUACAGGGGGGAACUGCCCUCCACAUCCUCCAAGUUCCUCCAGCCAAGUUCCCACGGUGGCAGCCAUAAUUGUGGUGGUGUGUGCUGUCGCUGCAGCAAUCAUCGUUGGAGUGUGGUGUUACCGACGGCAACAGCAGAAGAGUUCAAUAUAUGAGAUGAACGGGAAGGGCCAAAGUCAGAGCAGACAAGGCCAACAGAUAGAAAUGCAACAAAAAGUGUAAGACAGAGACAGAAGAAGAUGAAUGGACACCGACUGGGCAGAGACAUUUAGGAAGGAUGACAGGAUUCUGAUGAAUUCAGCCCCUGAUCUCACUAGAAACCACUGCAUAUUGGAUGAAUAUGGACAAACACAAGUUGUGUUACAGCCCUGUUUUAAAGAGCAAACCCUUAUCUAUAUGAUACACAAAUGGUUAACAUAGUGAAACUUGAGUGAAACAAGAUGGUUGGAGUUUUAUGGCUCUCCCACUUGUUGAUUCUAAGGAAAUGUGCCUAUCUUUGUUAAACCUGUUUAUUAUAGUCAACGCUGUGGCAUCUAGCUAGGCAGGUGGAUGAGCUGUGCCUGGACUGGCCACACCUCCGGGAACUGAGAAGGGAGAUUAUAAGGAAAUGACCAUGUUGGAAAACCAUUAGAUAUGCCUGCCUGCCUUAAUAUAUGAACUUAGACCACAGCCUCCAAAACUCUUGGAAGUUGUGGUAAAGAGUCUGCGUGUUACUUUGCUGUUGUUUUUAUUGACUUUAUUUAGUGCCCUGUUAUUGAUGUGUAUUGUUCUGUUCUUCUUUUCUGUUUAUCAUUUAUAAAAAACUGUAUCCCACUUCUUACACAACAAGAGAGCUAAAGAUCAAGGCACUACAGAUCUUCACUACAGACGUGGGCAAGAAGUCCUAAAUGAACUCCCCCAGCAUCUGUCAGACCAGCAUGCGCGACGGAAAAAAGAUGAUGAUGAUGAUGGUUAGAACAGAUGAAAGAGUGAAAUGUGAAGUGAGAAGGGAAAGGGAGGAAAAAGGAGGAUGGGAAAAGGUGCGAGUAUGACGUAGGAAAUGCUUUAAGGCUUUCCUGCCCCCGUCGGUUUCGACAGUCGGCUGUGGAGAGACACAGACACUGUGUCCAAUCUUCAUACUCAGCCCCGCUGGUGUGUGUGUGUAGAAAGAAUUUAUGUGUGUGUCUGUGUCUCAGGUCUGUGCAGUCUGUUGUUGGUCAGCAGUAUGUUAUGUUUGAAGUUUGAAACGGAGGCUGACGGCACCCAGACCGACUGGAGAUGGAACAUUUGGGUGCUGCCAUGGCAACAGACAGAAACUUAAAUCACAGGCUGAAAAUAUUCUGAAUGCUAAUGAUAUUUUAUUGUUAUGACAAAUCAUUACAUUUCAGCUCUAUGUUGAUAAAUGUAAUUCUAAAUAUUCAUAGUUUGGUUAAUGGUAUUUACCUAUUGGUGUUCUGCUUUGUUUGUUCUGAUAAUUUACGGUGUGAACUUGACUGUCAGAUCAAUUACUGAUUUAAUGUCUUGUUAAAUACCGAUUGAAGGUGAUAGAAUUAUUUUAAAUAUGUUGGAACAUUUGUGAUAUCAGUAAUUUUAGCCUGGUAAUAAGUUCAUAACAUCUGUAGUUUCAUAAAUUUGGUUUUUUGUCCAGCUCAGAUUUUUUCCAGUGUGCUCUGUAUGAUUCUGUGAUAUUUAAACUUUUGCUGUAUUUGCUGCCAAAUACUUGAGAGCAAGGUGAAAUGUUAAAAAAGGCUAACUCAUUUAAAAAAAUGUAAAUAAAGUCAAAUAGCCAUAAGAGGGUUUAAUCAUAGAUAUUAGAGUUUGUAAUUCUAGUGAUGUAUAAAGAUUGUAUGGCAAUAACUUAAAUAGAAAAUGCUUCAACUAUAGCUGUCAACAGUGAGUGGUGACUAGUAGACAAGGCACUUUAUGGUGCCAUCACACAUGAGUGUUAAUUACAUUUUCUCAUAUAUUUCAACAGUGUUCUGCUUGCUUAUAAAAAAGUAUUUUUAUAGUGUUAUUUUUAAUGUGGCUAUGAAAUAAGAAUGAGUUGGAUUUGGAUGUGUUAAAUAUCCAGUACCUUUCCCAGCUUUGUAUCACGGUGUCUGAAACUUUACUGGCACUAGUCAUGGGUGAGAGCCAAGGGAAUGAGGUACCUGUUGUCUAUGUUUCUGUAAAUCUGAAUCUAUGACUAUAUUAACUUGCUGUACAUGAUCUAUGUCUAGAAAAUGGCAUCACUAAGACAGUCAGCAUGGCCUCUUUACAAAGGUUCAACUCGUUUCCACCGCUCAAUAUCUAAUCAACCGUUUCAUGUACUGCUCCACAGUGGUACAGGUGUACUCGCAAGAGUCUGGAAAAAAAGGAAAUAAAGAGCAUGUUGGGUUUAAUCAAGGAAUAACCUGUCUGAUCUCACAUCAGGUCUCCAGAUAAAAAUAAUCAUCAAGAAUGUUGAAAGAGGUCAAACUUGAUGUCACUUCAGUUUUGCGUAAAAAGAGCCAAUAAUUAAAGGAAAACGGGACAAAUGUUUUGUCAGUGCUGUGUCUCAUUCACGUGAUGCUUCAGUGUGUCUGUCUUCAUCUCAAACAGCCUGAUGUGUUUGAUGUCAGGAUGAAGUGUGUACUGUACAGACUGGGCUGCAAUAAAUUCCUAAACAUGUGA